UUUUCCUUUUACACCAUUGUACGUAAAGAAUGACAGGAUAAGUUGAAUCUUUUUGGCACACCGUAGUUGCAUGAAAAUACACACUCACACCAUCAAAGUAAAAGAAUUGUGUCGUAUUGGGACAUCUUUCUCCGUAUAAAGCAAAGGGCUUUGCCUCCAUGUCACGCUCGAUUCCAAACCCCUCUUUCUCUCAGUUCGAGAAAGUGCAACAUAUAAUCCCCCCAAUCUAUAAAGAAAACCACACACACCCUUAAUCCUUUGCAGUAAAAAAAGUUCUCAUUGCCUUAACUCCACCACCCCUCUCUCCUCUUCUUCUCUUUCCCUCUUCUUCUUCUUCUUACCCUAUUCCACUUCAAUUAAUCAUCAUGCAAUCAUAGAUAGCCUUUUCUGUUUUUUCUUUCUUUUCUUUUCUCUUCACCGUCCAUAUGUCUAUGUCAUAGACAUAUCUCUCUAUCUUCCUCCUAUGACAUAAAAAUAUACAAAUAUAACUCACAUAAUUAGCAAGAACAAAACAAAACUUACAUAUGGGUGGUAGUAGUAGUAGUAGUUCUUUCCUUCCAAGGUUCUUUAAAGCACUUCUUGUGGUGGGGCUUGUUUGUCUUCUUGGGAAGCUUAGGUAGUGGUGAAGGAACAAGACAUCCAACUACACAAUGGUCUCAAGAAAGGGUCAAGCAUGAACGAGUGGUUGGUAGAGAUAAGCCUGUGGACAGUGCAGAAUUGGAUUUCAACUACAUGAGCAAAAGAAGAGUUCCCAAUGGACCAGAUCCUAUUCACAACAGUUGCAGAAUUGCCGCAGCAAAGGGUGUACGUGGGUUACUCCGUUUACACGAAGAAGGGCAUGCUCACCGUGAUUCCUAGACCUCCGGAAUUUGAAUCGAAAAGUUCUGGGGCGUUCAAAGUGUCCAAGGAAGGUUAUGUUGUGCUCCAGUUUGCUCCCUCAGUUGGUGCUGAUGAGCCCAUAUAUGAUUGGAACCACAAGCAGACAUUCUCACUAUCAGUGAGUGAAAUGGGAACUCUAAUUAUCCUUGGUGCAAGGGAUUCUUGGGAAUUUUCUCAUGAGACUGUUAAGUUGAAAAGCAGCAAAAUUGAUGUUAGAAAAGUUUUGAAGGUGGAGCCACUUCUGGAUGCUACUGGCCACUUAUUUAGCUUAAGGGUUCUGAAAAAGCCUGCGAACAUGGAGGGAAUUCAGAAAAGCAUCUUUCUCCCUGUUACAAGGGCAGAUCUAGAAGUUUUAAGGUCACUUUUCAAUUAUAUCAUGCCAUACCUUCUAGGUUGGAAUGCCUUUGGAAACUCCAUAAAGCCAGAGGUAUAUAGUCAAGUGAAUAGUACUAACCCCAGAUAUGGAGCAGACAAUGAAUGGAACAGAUAGGGAUCACUCUUGCAAUUAUUUUCUCAAGACUGCAGGCAGUUACACAGCCCUUUGCUACCUUCUCAACUUAAAAAUUUGUUGAAUGUCUUCAUCCGGUAGCACAGAAUUGUUUGAGAAAUUGAGUGUCAUUAUUAGAAACUCAUCUUUAAUUUAAUUAUUUAAUUAUUUGUUAAAAUAAAUUAUUUGUUCCUUUCCUUUUUUUGUGUGGCUAGUGUUUUUCCUUUUUGUUUUUGAAUGUAAUUAGAAUGUGUUGACAGCGUAACAGUUUUUUGGAUCUGAUUGAAAACCAUACAAGUAGUUAAAAGAUCUGAUUGUGUUUUGUAACACUUGACAAUGUGUUUGUUCAAACUUAUAUGAAUGGAUGUUCUGCCUUAUGAUCUC